GCGAAAUAUCUGGUCAUAAGGCCAAUAAGAGAGGAAGAAAUUAAGAGAUGUCAACAACAAAGGCAACAUUUUGUCUGCUGAAAAACUGCAAAUAAAUGGAAAGUUGACGAGAUGCAGAGGAACAGAAAGGGUGUUCCAGAUGGCAAGGGCUGCAGAGAAAAAGAUUUUGAAAAUGAGAAAAGGAACAGAGAACCACUAAAAGUAUACAUCUGAAUGACCCGAGCAUGGAGGGAAUAUGCCUUCAUCUCUCUGAACUUGCCAGAGGAGAAAGGAGCAAAAUUCAGCACGUUUUGUGAGUCUUGCACCUGAAUGCAACAUCUAUACAAGCCUCUAUCAGAGGAACACAAGCCGGAGAGGGCUGAUACGGACCCCUGUAUUUCAGCUCAUGUGUUAGCAAAAGGACGUUAGUGGUCUGGUGGGUGAAAGAACAAGAGCUACCUCAGUAAUUCCACAACCAAAUAUUACUGAGGGUGUAGUAAGACCCCCGUGGCAGGAAUGUAACAGCCAUCAAUCCCGUUCAGUCCAACAGAAGUACAACAUAGCAUGGUGGACUGCAGCGUGCCGAUGAUCUGCCACCAAGGACAGACAGCAAGGAGCUUGUUCUUCUGCCUGCCCUACACUUCAACGACUCAAUUCACCACGUUCCCAGUACGUACACUGCACAGAACAGCCUGUGUCCCACCUCCAGCCAUGGCACCCCACGCGCAGAGCAGCCCCGUGCUCGUCCCAGGUGCUGGGGUGGCUCCCGAGGUGCGAGCAGUGUCUGUGGUGCUGAGACCUGCUGCAGGCACGCUCCAGGCUGCGUGCCCACGGACACCCUGGAAGGCCAAACAAGAAAGACAGGAGGAAUGCAACUACUGCCUUGGUGUCGUUAUGCCGCUGGUUAUUCUUUUGCUUUUAGUGCACCCGGAGAAGAAUUACUGACAGUCUGAGGUUCCUCCUUUCAAAAGCUCUCAAAAGAUGCUUAAAUAAGGGACCAGUGCUCCACCUGCUUGAGUCCACAACAAGACUUCCAGGAUGGAAAGAUCAGACCCCUCUUUGUAUGUGCCUUCUCCUCUCUCCGUGAGAAUUCUUUCUCUCUCUCUCUCUCAUCCAAGCUAAUGCAUUUUGUUCUGAAAUUUCAAGUUGGCAAACUCUGUUUUAGUUAAUGUACCUUUGAAAAUCUCACUGCAAAUUCUCAAACUGCAACAGAUAAUCAAAACAAUGUCUUAGUCUUGCUGGUAUUUCUGAUCUCUGCAAAGGAAAUUCAGUGUCAGAGGUCCAAAAACUGGUGAAACGACUUUGGAAGCCUAACAGUGUACUGGGUCAGCCCUAGUGUUCCGAGGAAGUCAGCUGUGAAUGGCUCCUGCAGCUGCAGCAUACCCAAACCAAGAUGACCCGAUUGCAAAACAUUAGAAAGAGUGCCACAAUGGCAACUGCACCUUACAACUAUUCCUACAUCUUUAAGUACAUCAUUAUUGGGGACAUGGGUGUAGGAAAGUCCUGUUUGCUUCAUCAAUUCACAGAAAAGAAAUUUAUGGCGGACUGCCCCCACACAAUUGGUGUUGAAUUUGGCACAAGAAUAAUUGAAGUUAGUGGCCAAAAAAUUAAACUACAGAUCUGGGAUACAGCAGGACAAGAGCGAUUCAGGGCUGUCACACGAAGCUACUACAGAGGAGCAGCAGGAGCUCUCAUGGUCUAUGACAUUACCAGAAGAAGUACGUAUAAUCACUUAAGCAGCUGGCUGACAGAUGCAAGGAAUCUCACCAAUCCAAAUACUGUGAUAAUCCUCAUAGGAAAUAAAGCAGAUCUGGAAGCACAGAGAGAUGUUACGUAUGAAGAAGCCAAACAAUUUGCUGAAGAAAAUGGUUUAUUGUUCCUUGAAGCAAGUGCAAAAACUGGAGAGAAUGUUGAAGAUGCAUUCCUGGAGGCUGCCAAGAAAAUCUACCAGAAUAUCCAAGAUGGAAGCCUGGAUCUGAAUGCUGCAGAAUCGGGUGUACAGCACAAACCAUCGGCUCCGCAGGGGGGGCGACUAACCAGUGAACCCCAGCCCCAGAGAGAAGGCUGUGGCUGCUAGUGACCUCUGUUUCAUGGCUUCAUUUCUGACCUUUCACCUGUCUGUUGGGAGCAGUGCUUUUGAUUGCUUCCAUGUCUUCUGUACAUCUUAUUGGGUUUAAUUAAAACUGAAACAAGUUUAACACAAUACUAAACUGCUAAACAACUUUAGAUGUAAUCAGGUUAUCAAAGGCAAGUAGAGUAAUAAAACCUCUCCUGCAUGGUAAAUCUAGAAGUUUUUUUUCCUUGAUUGUCCUUGUGAUAGUGUCACAGAUACGUAAUUUAAACUGAGCACUGAUGCUGGACUCAUGAUUUUACACUUUUGCAGGGCUUUGUCUUGUACGGUUUAAUUUUAUGGUUCUUCAGCCUUUCUUCCCCACCUCUAACUGUGUAGAGCUGUCCAUAGUAAAGGAUAAGUUUUUUGCUGUGAAAUGACUUCUGAUGGUAGAAAGGGGCUCUGUAACGAUGUGCUUGUUGAAAGAAUUCCCUGUGGUGUGCAUGUUGGGGGCAGGGGUGGGCUGGCACAGGAGUGUACAACUUGCACAGGGAAACAAACCAUUCAUUCUUGUGCUCAUAGCUUUACAUCAUUUUUUUGCCACUUUUAUCCUUUACAUUUGUUAACAGAACGUAAAUAUGUAUAAAAUUUGAAGGAACUGAGCUAACAGUUAAAUACAUCCUGUGUAUAUGAUUUUAAUGAAGAAAAUGAUUACUGGCAUUAGAACAGUAUAUAAGAAAGUAUCAGUUUGUACAGUAUGACCUAUAUGUGGCCACAUGCCCCCUUAGUACAGAUAUAGGUGUAACUGCAGUUCACUAACAUAGGCUUAACUCCUCGGUGUUGACAGUGGACAUUGUGCUGGGGGAACUCUAAUCUCAAUGCAGAAAUUAACACUAGUGGAAUCUGUCAUUCAUCUUUGCACUGUGGUAUAUCUAUGCCAUUUUAUUAAUCCUGUUCUGUGCAAUCAGCAGUGUGCUAACCUGCUUUCUUCUGUAAGCAUUUUGCAUUAUUGGGCUUCAUUACCUGCCUUGCAUUGUAUACAAAGGCUGGUUCUCUUGCACACCUUACGCUUUUAUACCUUUAACUUUUUCAAUGGUCAGAUACUGAACUGGACAGUCAAAACAAUGUGCUCUCUAGGGAUUUUUAGCUACUGUUGUAUUUUAACAGUACCGUGUGAGGGUUCCUUUUAAGACUUAGGUUUCUUCAGAAAGAGAGUACGUCCUUAACAGGGUGACACAACCUGUAAUACUUCUAUAAAGGGGAGAUGUCAAGUGGUGACCGUGCACAUGUGGAUUUUGUAGAACUGCAUGUGGGGUUUACUAUGUUGUCAGAAUUAAAUGUGUUGCUCUCUAUGCAGUACUGUAUUUCACAUGCAGCUUCACUUGGAAAACAUCAAAUAUGACUUCGAAAUGGAAGGGGGUAAGUGUUUAACUGAUCAAAUGUCCAACCUUUAGUCUUACUGCAGUGUUUAAAAUACAAAGUAGUCUUAAAAUCUCUCUCUAGACACUAAAACUAUACAAUGUUCAGACUUGUAAGUCAACAGUGGUACCAGAGUAUUGUACAGUCAAUGUUAAAUAAAAAGCCAAAACUGGAAUGUGCAAACAAUAGGAUUUGGGUAACUUGUGCACUGUCCCUUUGUUUUGUCUGGUAGUCUUUUUUUUCUUAAACUAAUAUUCUUAAAUAGAUGGCUAUGUUCAAAUCUACAGCUAAAGUGUCCUGCUUAAACCAAGGUUGCACCACAAAGGGUUUGCCCAGGGACCAUGACCUGCUGCUGACAUGAAGUUCGGAAGUAAAUGUUCUAAUGACUACAGCUUGUUGAGGUGCAAUACCUGUAUUCCCAGAAUAAGUUACAGUAGGUCUUAUUGUUUCUGUCACAGAAAGGAUUUGUUUGGACUGCUGUACUCCUCAUUUGAUGUAACAAUGCUAUUAAUCUAAAUAUUUGUAAAUAAAGUACCUGUAUCUAGAUAAA